GCCCAGCGCGAACAGGGAAUCUCGAACACAAAAAGGCGAGUCUUUUCAACGAAAUCCUGCUGUCAACAUGAAGGCAAUAAGCCCAGUGAGGUCCUUCCGGAAAAGUAGCGCGAGUGUAACGACGACGGAGCACAGUCUGGGAAUCUCGCGGAGCAAGACCCCCGUGGACGAUCCUCUCAGCCUGCUCUACAACAUGAACGACUGCUACUCCAAACUGAAGGAACUGGUGCCGAGCAUCCCGCAGAACAAAAACGUGAGCAAAAUGGAAAUCCUCCAGCAUGUCAUCGACUAUAUUCUGGACCUGCAGAUCGCGCUCGACUCCAAUUCGGCGAUAACCAGCCUGCAUCACCCGCGAGCGGGGCAGGGGACAUCCAGAACACCCCUGACAACACUCAACACAGACAUCAGCAUCCUCUCACUACAGACACCUGAGUUUCCAUCAGACUUGAUCACAGAGGACAGCAGGACACUUUACCGUUAAUCAGGUGUUUGGUUAAGACACAAGAACACACAGGACCUGGGAACUGGCUUUUCCUCUGAUUUCUGUUCUCAGUCUGGAGUUUUUUUUUCUUCUUUUCUUUCCUGUAAUUGAAUCAAGAGACUUUCUUUUUUUCCUCCUUCUCAAAGGACAAUCCAUGUGAUGUGUUAUGAGUUCGGACAUUGAUUAUUUAUCUUCUAAAAAGACUUUCUUCAAGAGGAAGAAGCACUAUAUUCCCUGAAAAUAGGAGGGAAACCUGUAAAUGAUCACAAGGAACCUUUUCUCUGCAUUGAGAAGAAGUCUUACCUUUUUUUUUUCUCGUGAAGAGCGGCGUGUGAAUGAGAAGAUGUGGUUAGUUAUUGUACAAAGAUUUAAGUCUGUUUUUUUCCUGUCAAUUCUUUUGGCACAUGAAGGACUGGACUUUUGAAAAAAAAUAACGUGAUGAAACCUUGUGAACUCUCUCUCUCUGAGUUUUAUCCUGUAUAGUUGCAGAAAUUGGACUGCCGGUAUCUGCAAAGUGUUAUGCUGUAUGCUGAGACUUUUUAUAAAAGUAAUAUUGUAAAUUGUACCUUUUUUUUUAUACAAAAUAAAUCAAAUGCUUUAUUUGACGCUUGAUUACUUUAAAUGUCGAUAUAUGUGCAGCAUAGUGACCUUGCCUUUUAUAUCCAGGACUCUGAAGCAUGUCACUGACCCUUCAAACUUGCACAUUCGCCCAAGGAAUGUUCUAUUGAAUCUUUCACAUUGCUAUAUUGAUUUGUGAAAAGCAUUUGUUCCAGUUUCUAAUGGGUCAGAAGGUGCUUUAUCCUACUAUAUACAUGUAUAGCUAUUCAACACUCUCAAAGCCUGAAAGAUUCGAUUGCGGUUUAAUCUUACUCUGGUGAAACUUCUUUAAGUCAAACAUUAAUCAUGAGUGUAUCCACAAGUUCUCUCACUCGUAUAAUCUGCUAUGCAUGAAGCGGCAGUUAAAAUGAGAGCUUGAGAAUCUGUGGAAUUCUGUUGUUAAAAUAAAUGAUUUUCUGUAGGUUUA